AUGAGGGACGAGAAUCAGCUCCAGGAUGCAGGCUGGCAGUUUGGGUUUAAGCUGAAGAAUGAGCACAUCUGGGACGCAUUCAUCAUACUCGCGCUCACCGAGGACUGUGAUCGGCGUGGAGUGCUGCUUGAUGUACCGAACGAUGGUGCUCAAACACACCGAUUCCCUGCAGCUAUGCAAGCCUGUAACGAGCGCAUUACUUACUGGAAUGACGACAGUAGCGCACGGAAAGUGCGGGUCAUCAUUACAGAUGGCUUGUCCAUGGGCUGCCCAUGCUGUAAUGUGUUCCGAUGCUGCAACCCACUUGCCAAUAACCGGUCACAAUUCUGCCAGCAACAUCUCAAUGAAGGUCUCGACAACAUCUGUGCUGUUGUCGAUUGCAAUAUGCCUGUAUUACCGAGAUGGAAGGCAUGCACACUCCCAGCCCACCAGGAGAUGGAAUGCCUUCAUGGCAAGAAAAUGCGCGCCAACUUCCAAGCCACAAAACGCCUCCAGAAGAUGCACACUGCACAACCAAAUGAUGCCAUGGUUGCACAGCAGCUGUCAGAUGCACUCGAUCUUGAAUUCAAAGACGAAUGGUACGCAUUGGAUCUGACAACUCAAGCUGUGAAGCUCUUCACCAUUAACAACCCAUCCUCAACUGGUGAACUCGACGGCACUGCCGUCCAGAGUCAAGAAGGCUGUGAUGGCAAAUCCGAGCUUUGCAAUCGCAAGCUCAGAGCCAAGUUCAGUCGUUCUCGGACACACAAUGAGCUGAUUGUUAUUCCCCAUGCCACCAUGGUCGCAGCCGAGGCUAUCUCCAAUGUCCUUCAUAUGGUCAAAACUACGUUUUCUCUCCCUGGUGCCCAGAAGCCUGAACACAUCAUGUACGACAGCAAUUGCAAUGCCCUUCAUGAAGUCCAGAGCCGCAACGACACUUGGUUUGACAACGUUGGCGUGUGUGUUGACGCAUUCCAUUUUCGAACCAAGCACAAAGAGGGCGAUACGUUCUGCCAGACCCGAUGCAAUCCUGCACAUUAUCCAGAGCUUCUUAAUGCUGACGGCUCGUGGUUUUUCAACUCCUCCAUCACGGAACAGGCAAAUGUUUGGUUGGGUGGCUAUCAUAACAUCGUGCGUGAAAUGCUCCCCGACAAGUACAAUUUUUUUCUGGAUGAGAUGGUGAUGCGUCGCAACCGUGCGCUCAUCAAGGCCAUGGAGGAUCGUGGUCAAUUCCCUUGGUAUUCCCCUGCAGAUGCAUAG